UACAUUUCCACUUCCUUUCUUAGGAGCCUAACGCACUUUGGCCUAAUUAACAAUUUUUUAUAAAUAAUCUUCAUUUCUUCCUUCACCAAAUUGCUAGAGAAGACUACACUCUUUCUUGAACUUGGGUUCAAGUAAAGAUGUAUUCAACUGUGUUUUACACUUCAGUUCAUCCAUCCACUUCAGCUUUUUCAAAAAAGCAGCAGCCUUUAUUGAUCUCUAAGGAUUUCCCUGCAGAGUUGUGUAAUUCUUUACCAUGCAGUAGAAGCUUGGAAAAUGGUAAAAUCAAGAAAGUCAAAGGAGCAGUAAAAGCCACAAUAGCUGAAGCUCCAGCUACUACUCCAACAACUAAUUUGAAGAAGAAGUUGAAAGUACUAGUAGCAGGUGGUGGGAUUGGAGGAUUAGUGUUUGCAUUGGCUGCAAAGAAAAGGGGAUUUGAGGUGUUGGUAUUUGAGAGGGAUUUAAGUGCUAUUAGAGGAGAAGGGCAAUAUAGAGGACCAAUUCAGAUACAGAGCAAUGCAUUGGCUGCUUUGGAAGCAAUUGAUAUGGAUGUUGCUGAAGACAUAAUGAAUGCUGGUUGCAUCACUGGUCAAAGGAUUAAUGGUUUGGUUGAUGGUGUUUCUGGUAACUGGUAUUGCAAGUUUGAUACGUUUACUCCAGCAGUGGAACGUGGACUUCCUGUGACAAGAGUCAUCAGCCGCAUGACUUUGCAGCAGAUCCUUGCACGUGCUGUUGGGGAGGAUAUAAUUAUGAAUGAAAGUAAUGUAGUGAAUUUUGAGGAUGAUGGUGAAAAGGUUACUGUCACUCUUGAGGAUGGACAGCAAUAUUCAGGUGAUCUUCUGGUUGGUGCUGAUGGCAUAAGGUCUAAGGUACGGACUAAUUUGUUCGGACCCAGUGAUGUAACUUACUCUGGCUACACUUGUUACACUGGAAUUGCAGAUUUUGUUCCUGCUGAUAUUGAGACAGUUGGGUACCGAGUCUUUUUGGGCCACAAACAGUACUUUGUUUCUUCAGAUGUGGGUGGAGGCAAGAUGCAGUGGUAUGCAUUUCACAAUGAACCAGCUGGCGGUGUGGAUGAUCCAAACGGUAAAAAGGCAAGAUUGCUUAAAAUAUUUGAAGGGUGGUGUGACAAUGUUAUAGACCUAUUAGUUGCCACAGAUGAAGAUGCAAUUCUUCGACGUGACAUCUAUGAUAGACCUCCAACCUUUAAUUGGGGAAAAGGUCGUGUUACAUUGCUCGGGGACUCUGUCCAUGCUAUGCAGCCUAAUUUGGGUCAAGGGGGAUGCAUGGCCAUAGAGGAUAGCUAUCAACUAGCACUGGAACUUGAUAAAGCAUUGAGCCGAAGUGCCGAGUCAGGAAGCGCGGUGGAUAUCAUCUCAUCUUUAAGGAGCUAUGAAAGUUCUAGAAAACUUCGAGUUGGAGUUAUCCAUGGACUGGCUAGAAUGGCUGCAAUCAUGGCAUCAACUUACAAGGCUUAUCUUGGAGUCGGACUCGGUCCAUUAUCAUUUUUGACCAAGUUUAGGAUACCACAUCCUGGCAGAGUUGGUGGAAGAUUUUUUAUUGACUUGGGAAUGCCGCUUAUGUUAAGCUGGGUUCUAGGAGGCAACGGUGAAAAGCUUGAAGGCAGAAUACAACAUUGCAGGCUAUCUGAGAAAGCAAAUGACCAAUUGAGAAAUUGGUUUGUAGAUGAUGAUGCUUUAGAGCGUGCUACUGAUGCAGAGUGGUUACUGCUUCCUGCCGGGAAUGGCAAUGCUGCUUUAGAAGCUGUUGUUUUAAGCAGAGAUGAGAACAUGCCUUGCACUAUUGGGUCUGUCUCACAUACAAACAUUGCUGGAAAAUCAGUAGUUAUACCUUUGCCUCAGGUGUCCCAAAUGCACGCCCGGAUAUCCUAUAAAGGUGGAGCAUUUUUUGUAACUGAUUUACGAAGUGAACAUGGUACCUGGAUUACGGAUAACGAAGGCAGAAGAUACCGAGCGUCUCCAAACUUUCCUACUCGCUUUCAUCCAUCAGAUAUUAUUGAAUUUGGUUCUGAUAAGAAGGCAGCAUUUCGCGUAAAGGUAAUGAAAUUUCCUCCAAAAACUGCUGCAAAGAAGGAAGAGCGUCAAGCAGUGGGGGCAGCUUGAGAAUUCUGAAGUUUGGCCUGAUAUAAACGGGGAAAUUGUACAGCAUUUUUAUAGCAACAGCAGAAACUGAGCCAUUUAAAUCAGCUAAUUUUGUAUACUGUAGGUUUAGAAGCUUGAUAAACAGAACACUAUGCAAGAAAACACAAAGAUUAUAAUGCUUCCUCCUGAAGAAGUUAUUAUGGUCAUUAUUUCUUUCUACCAUUGCUAAAAAUAUAGUUAUGUAUGUAUAUACAAUCACAGAGGCCAUAAUGUUAAAAGUGUUUUACCUUCAUAUA